AUGGCAGGUAGCGAUCACCCAAACAUCAGUCUUCUGAUGUCAAAGAAGCAGCUCAGCCUCUUUCAGGCCAACAAAGCAGUUGAUGAGUUCUUCGACUGGAAGCAGCACCACAAGAGAGAGUCCCUUCCCGGUCUGACCGGUGUUCUCAUCCAGCGCGUGUCUGUCAUCCUCAGCGAGUGCCCCAAGCACUUUGACCUUGAUAGCAGCCUCAUGAGCGCUCUGCUGAAGUGGGUUGCUAUCUACAGCAAGCUGCGCAACGGAUCCGAGGACAACUAUGAGAGCGGCCUCAAGAAGCUGGUGUACUCCAUCUUCGCUAAUGCUGAUUGGAUCGUUUCCCACGACAGCGAGGAGGGUGUCAUCAAGCGUCAGUUCAACAAGUUUGAGAAGGCCAUGAACCAGCACGAGAAGACUAGCGAGACCUGGGUUGAGACCGCAGCCAAGUACGGCGCUCAGGAGUGGCAGCUGCGCCGCGACCAGCCCCGGCUUGAGGAAGCCCGCCUCAAGCAAGCCUUCCCCCGCAUGACUGCUCUGGGCGCCAUGGAGGCCACGAAUGGAGAGAUCAUAGACAAGACGGGCCGCUUGCAUCGCGACGUGAACAAGGAGAAGGACAAGACCGAGAUGCUUCUGACGGAGGAGGGAUACAGACUCGAUUUCCAGUACGACUUUGGAACCAUGACUCCGGUUUCCUACUCGGACGAUGAGGGAUACGAGGGAGUGCACUACAACGUCCCUGGUUGCUCGAAUGGUGGAAAGGAGAUUGCCUGCUUGAUGGGAAAGAAGGCGGCUCAGUGA